GAACCGAAGGCAAAAUUUCUGUCAGUGCUUCAAGGAAGGAAAAUAAUGAAAAUUCAAAAGCCACCUCGAAGUGUUCCAAAAGUUGAUUAAGAUUAUUUGAAAGAGCCUUGUCGGGCAGAAGAAUAUGUAGCCCAGUUGACGUUACCGCUCCAAAGUUCCUGAGAUAGAAAGCUGCUCUAUAAUGAUUCUUUAGUGCCUUGCUUUGCUGAUUUGAAGGGAAGAUGUUGCCACUCAUUGGGUGCCUCAGAUAUACGAACAAUGGCUCUGAUAAACAGAAAAAUAGUUUUUUACUGAUGGUAAUCUUCGUCGCAUUCUUGCAACAUCAGCCUUUGCAUCAACUUUUUGGGGUCAGUGCCGCACCGCAUACAGUAUUGGUACACGAAGAUUGCCCCAGUACGGUGAAGAUUAUAUCGAAUUAUAAGCCCUCCUCCCUUGCUGGCCUUGUGCCACUGCCCUGUGGCGCGCAAGAACCACCGACGUCUGCACUAGUCACUCUGUCUUCAAAGGCCGCCCAAAACGGCACAUUCUUCGUAGUUGUGGCGUCCUGCGGGGUUGUCAGCAGCCUCUCUUCGCCCCUGAGGUCACCAGCCAUCGUGCCACAAGAGAGGAUGAUCCCUGUGCCCACUUCAGGGCAGCGGUGUCGUUACAGAAAAAGAGGAUGCGGUGCUCUCGGGGAACCUCUGAGGAAUGUCUUGAAUCUCGCAGCUUGCUGGAUGACCUACAACGUGUGGAGUCAAGUCGUCGUAUUUUAUGACGAGACGUUGGAUACGCAAGCCAAUGCGGAUUUAGUUGGAAAUUUCCUCAACUACUGCUUCUUUCAAGGCUUCAAACUCUCCUUCAUCAACACGCAGAAGAAGUCUCCUGACGGAGGGAAUUCGGAAGGACACCACGUUGCUUUAAUCGAAGCUGCCCUCGCUAACUGGGACUCCAUUGACGCCAAACACACGAUCGUCAUAGCUGACAGUGAGUCCGUUUCAGCACUGCUGAAGAAGAUACCAAGCCUCAAUAACUCCCGCAACCAGAGCAGCUAUGAAUGGCUGGUGAUCACGUCCGUUAGAAAUGACGUCAUCGAUGCCUGGACACCCACCAACGGUCAUCAGGUUUAUUUUGCAGAUGCUCCGCUAAAGGAUCUUUCCGUAACAUUAUCAAACGCCGUGAGGAUAGGUGAAGCCCUAGCCAGAGACAACAGCACGUGUACGGAUGUCGCCAAGCACCCUGGAGUUCGUCUGCCCAACAUCGCUAUCUCCAUAAAGCCACCCGAUUAUUCUUCGACUCUGAUUCCACCUGUGGUAUUUCCACAUCGCGGUCCUCGACUUGUUGCUACCCAUAGCUACGCGCCCACGCUGGGUGGAAUAGGCCGCUUGGGCGGGGUAGAUCCAAGCGACGUGGGAAGUCUCCACUCCCUUUCGCCGAAUGAGGCGUUCCAGCUGUACGGGGCGCACCUCCUCGUGACCACUCUUAGUAGCGAGCCAUUCAUCAGAGCUCUAGACACAAUCAACCUCAAUUCGAGGGACCCCCAGGCUACCAAGUAA